CCCAUCUACACCUCUUCUUCCACUCUCUCUCUCUCUCUCUCUCUCUCUCUCUCUCUCUCUCUCUCCUUCAAUACUCUUCUUCCAUACCUCACCUCACUCUCUCUUGUCUCUCAAAACCUAGCUGGUUCACACUCUCUCUAUUACUUGCUUACUAUAUAUCUCUUGCUUAGGUACUUCACUCCCUUCAAACUCUAUCUAGUUCAUCACUAGUUACUCAACCUACACUAAAACACCACAUUCUUCAUUGACAAAGAUGUCAAGUCGGAGGUCGCGAUCACGACAGUCGAGCUCGUCGCGAAUCACCGAAGAGCAGAUCAACGAUCUCGUGUCCAAGUUGCAAUCGCUUCUCCCCGAAGCUCGCAUUAGGAGCAACGAUAGGGUUUCCGCGGCUAAAGUGUUGCAAGAAACUUGCAACUAUAUUAGGGGCUUGCAUCGCGAGGUCGACGACCUGAGCGAGAGGCUCUCGGAGUUGCUCGCCACCACCGACAUGAGCAGUGCUCAAGCCGCGAUCAUCCGUAGCUUGCUCAUGUAAAAUCGAUCAUUUUCCUAGAGUGACUAGGCUAGUAGAUGAAAAAAAAAAAUUAGGUGUUUAUGUGCUUGGUUAAUUUGCUGUGUUAACUACAAGAUGUGUUCAUAAGCACUCUUGGUUUGGUUGUAGCUUAUUAAUUACUUAGACUUGUCUUUCACCACCUUUGGUUGAUGUACUAUUAAGCCAAUGCUUGAAUAUCCUUCUCUUCUUCUUCUUUUUGUGCAAA